AUGGCGGGCACAACCGAGCCGCUCCUCCUCACCCCGACGAAGCAGCGCCACCGUCGGUCUGGCUACUUCGCAUGGGGAUGGAAACUCGCCGCCGCGGCUGUUCUGGUCAUGCUGCUUCUGCUGGCUGUCGCCAGCCCUCUGCAUCACCAUAGCCUGCCGGAGACCGUCGAGCUAACCCUCCUUACCGGCGCCGUGGAGAAAGGGGCAGUGUGCUUGGACGGAACCGCGCCGGGCUACCAACUGCAGAGAGGCUCCGGAUCCGGAUCCAAAAGCUGGCUCGUCCACCUAGAGGGAGGAGGUUGGUGCAGCACACUCGAGGAAUGUUUCAACCGCGGAAUGUCUCCGUUGGGUUCGUCAAACUCCGUGGAACCAAUACAGUUCACCGAUGCUGGGAUCCUCGAUAGUGAUCCCGAACUGAAUCCUGAUUUCUACAACUGGAACAAAGUAUAUGUACGGUAUUGCGACGGGGCAUCUUUUUCUGGUGACACGGAAGCUCGUGCACAGGAUGGAAGCACAGUUUACUUCAGAGGACUGCGCAUCUAUGAAGCAGUUAUUGAUGAACUCAUGGAAAAAGGACUUGCCAAUGCUACACAGGCCCUCCUUACAGGUUGUUCCGCUGGUGGUCUAGCGACGAUACUUCAUUGCGAUGAUUUUAGUGCAAAAUUCCCUCGGGACGUUUCAGUUAAAUGCCUUGCUGAUGCUGGGUUUUUUAUUGACGUAAAGGAUAUAUCUGGACAAAGGUCCUUUUGGUCUCAAUAUGAUAGACUUGUUCGCCUCCAGAAUGUUAGCGAAGUGUUGCCCAAGGAGUGCCUUACAAGCAAGAACCCAACUGAGUGUCUCUUCCCGGCUGAGAUAAUUAAGAGCAUCCGCACCCCCAUGUUUAUUCUCAACUCUGGAUAUGAUUCAAAGCAGAUACGACUGAAUCUCGCACCAAACACAUCUGGGCCUGAUAACGCGUGGCUGAGUUGCAGGGACAACAUCCGGAAUUGCAAUUCCACACAAAUUGAAUUUCUUGAUGAGUUCAGGAAUACAACGGUCAAUGAAUUGAAGGUCGUCUAUGAUAAGAAGGGAUGGGGCAUGUUCAUUGAUUCAUGCUUCACCCACUGUCAAACAAUCUAUGGUAUCUCUUGGAAUUCACCUGUCUCCCCGAGGCUUGGAAAUAAGACAAUUGCAGAUGUUGUUGGAAACUGGCACCGUGGAGGGGGCCAAGGAGUGAAAGAGAUUGAUUGCGAGUAUCCGUGCAACCCAACAUGCAGCAGUCUAUUGCAUACAUGA